GCCGUGCUCGAGCAAGUGUGUUUAGGCGCGCUCGAUGCGCAUGAUCCGGGAACGGCCGAAGUCUGUUUGGACAAACUCAAAGCGGCCGGCAUUGCCAAGGAGUCCACCCGCUUCCGCCGUUUGCUGGCACGCUGUCUGGAAGGAGCGGAAGACUACGCCGGUGCGGAAAUCAUUUACGACGACUUGCUCAAAGAGAGCCCGGCAAACUUGCAAGCGUUGAAAAGAAAGUACUGCAUGUUGAAAGCUCAAGUCGGGAAAGAAGUCGAAUCAAUGGAAGCAUUGAAUGUGUAUCUGAAGCAGGUGUACGCGGAUUCGGGGGCGUGGUACGAGAUGGCGCGAUUGCGAAAAGAGCUCGGUGAUUUUAAGGGUGCAGCGUUUGCGCUUGAAGAAGUCAUACUUGGAGUACCUUCAGACGCCAAAAUGCAUGUCGAAUUAGCAGAGUGUUACGCCACAAUAGGAGGAAUGGAGAAUCUUCUCUCGGCGCGGAAACACAUGGCACAGGCACUCGAACUGGAUGCCACGGACCGCAGGGCACAGUUUGGCCUCGUCUCAGUUGCC